UUACACAGCCACCCCUCCAUAGGCGGCGAUCUGAGGGAUCUGGCCAAGAUGUUUGAAGAAACAAAACGCCUGACAUCCGCUUCCCAAGCCACGGCUCUUUCCGCGGUAGAGGUCCCCGAGGGAGGCCUCCAAGGCCCGAUUGGCCCCUGCUUCUUGGAGGCGGAACUCAGGGCUGGUGGGUGGAGGGCUAUUUAAGACUGGGCUGUGGAGGAGGUGGCCAAGUGCAAAAUGAGUGGACUGCUAGGUGCUAGUACCUGCCCCGGCCCAGGAGAGGCCUCAGACCCUACGCCCCCGCUGUGCGCCAAGUUCAGGGAACCUCUCACCGAGGCCCGUUUCCAGCAGCUCUUCGGGGACACAGAGCUGGAACCAGAACUAUUCUCGGGGCCCGCCUGGCGUCGGCAUUGCAGACAGUGGAAGUGGCGGGCCCGUGCGUGUUGGGGACCCGGGGCGUGGCGCCUGCUGCUUGCGCGGCUGCCCCCGCUGCGUUGGCUGCCCUACUACAGAUGGCGGGCCUGGCUGCUUGGGGAUGCGGUGGCCGGAGUGACCGUGGGCAUCGUGCACGUGCCCCAGGGCAUGGCUUUUGCCCUCCUGACCUCCGUGCCACCAGUGUUCGGACUCUACACUUCUUUCUUUCCCGUCCUCAUUUACACCUUGUUGGGUACUGGGAGACACCUGUCCACAGGAACUUUCGCGGUACUCAGCCUCAUGACUGGCUCGGCCGUGGAGCGACUGGUGCCCGAACCCCUCGGGGGGAACCUGAGCGGAAUCCAGAGGGAACAGUUGGACGCUCAGCGGGUUGGGGCGGCUUCGGCCUUGGCCUUCGGAAGCGGGGCUCUGAUGCUGGGGAUGUUCGUGCUGCAGCUCGGCGUCCUGUCCACCUUCUUGUCGGAGCCUGUGGUCAAAGCUCUGACCAGCGGGGCCGCGCUGCACGUGCUCGUGUCCCAACUGCCAAGCCUUUUGGGGUUGCCCCUCCCGCGCCAGAUCGGCUGCUUCGCUCUCUUCAAGACGCUGGCUGCUGUGCUGACUGCGCUGCCACGGAGCAGUCCGGCCGAGCUGACCAUCUCGGCACUCAGCCUGGCGCUGCUCGUGCCAAUCAAGGAAUUGAACGUGAGAUUCCGGGACAGACUACCCACCCCGAUCCCAGGGGAAAUCGUCCUGGUGCUUCUGGCCUCUGUGCUCUGCUUCACUUCUUCCUUGGACACAAGAUACAAUGUCCAGAUAGUGGGGCUGCUUCCUGGAGGAUUUCUCCAGCCCCAUCUUCCCAACCUGGCUGAGCUGCCCAGGAUUCUGGCUGACUCACUGCCCAUUGCACUGGUUACUUUUGCUGUGUCUGUCUCCCUGGCCUCCAUCUAUGCAGACAAGUAUAGCUACACAAUUGAUUCCAACCAGGAGCUCUUGGCGCAUGGUAUCUCCAACCUCAUCUCCUCCCUCUUCUCUUGCUUUCCCAACUCAGCCACAUUGGCCACAACCAGCCUACUGGUGGAUGCUGGUGGGAACACACAGCUGGCAGGCCUCUUCUCCUGCAUAGUUGUUUUGUCUGUGUUGCUGUGGCUGGGGCCCUUCUUCCACUAUCUACCCAAGGUGAGGAGCAGAGGGGACGAGGUGUGGGGUGGCUGGCAGGGAUGGCUACAUGCCAGGACAUUGGGGUGGUCAGCUCACCUCCUCUCCCCCAAGGCUGUCCUGGCCUGCAUCAACAUCUCCAGCAUGCGCCAGAUGUUCUUCCAGAUGCAGGAACUUCCACAACUAUGGCGCAUCAGCCGUGUGGACUUUGCUGUGUGGAUGGUCACGUGGGUGGCGGUAGUGAUUCUGAGUGUGGACCUCGGCCUGGCUGUAGGUGUGGUCUUCUCCAUGAUGACAGUGGUCUGCCGCACCCAGAGCUCCUCCAGGUCCCAGGGCUCUGCAUCCUGAGCUAUCCAACACCACUGUACUUUGGGACCUGUGGGCAGUUUCGCCGCACCCUCCUGCAGCAUCUGGGGCUUGGAGAAGGAGGCAGGGAGACCCCAAAGACAGAUGGCCCAUCUGAUGCAGGUGAGAUGGGAUGACAGGAGGCAGGUUUGGGCAUGACCCAUAGAAGCAUCUGGGUACUGUGCCUUCUCCCAUCCUAGUUGCUGAGCCUGUCAGAGUGGUGGUCCUAGACUGCAGCGGGGUCACCUUUGCAGAUGCCGCUGGGGCCAGAGAAGCGGUACAGGUGAGGGAGAGCAUAGGUGGAGGAGAAAAGCCCCUUGUCAUUUGAAGCAUAUUCUCUGCUCUAGCAUUAACCCCUGCCCAACCUCUGCAGCUGGCCAGCCGUUGCCGAGAUGCUGGGAUCCACCUUCUCCUGGCUCAGUGUAAUGGUGAGAAGUGUGGAGGCUGGAGGGCUCUGCAACCUGGGAGAUGGCUGGACACUUGGGGGAGCUAAGAGUACACUGUGUUCACUUAAGACCUAAGAGCCUGGCCCCUCUCUCCACACAGCCUCAGUGCUGGGGACACUGACCCAGGCAGGGCUCCUGGAUGGAGUGACCCCAGAGCAGCUGUUUGUGAGUGUCCAGGAUGCAGCUGUUCAUGCCCUGGAGAGACUGGUGAGGGACAGCAGCAAAGGCAGUGGGAUCCAGGAGGUGCUGGGCUAAAGCCAGUGAAGUAUGAAUCAGUGGAUGAAGAUCCAGGCAGAGGGAUUUGGUUAGGGGACUGAGGAAGAAGCUGAGGAGGAAGGGGUUGGGACGAAAUGAUUAGUCAACUUAAGAAGUAGUCUAGUUAUGGGUGAAGAAAGGAGGAACUAAGCUCCCAAUGAGGGGUGUGUGGCCCUCAGAAGACUGCCAAAUAUAGGGUGAGGGGGUACCUGGUCUAUCCCUGACAUGUUCCCUCCUUUUUCCAGGAGCCCACUGGUCCAAAGCCUUGCACAGUGUGGGUCUGACCUGGUCAAUUGGAGGGUGGAGGAUCCCAACAAUGUGUGCAUGAGGAGGUCUCUUCCCUAAUGUAACUAAUAAAAUGAAGCUGAGAGCCUCUGGGAGUCUUGAAGUGAGUUUGGGCAUCCACACAUGGACCCUUGGUUCACUGACCUCUAUGCCCACAGCACCACAGAGACACAACUGAAAACAGCUUUCACUUGUGUGUUCAGCUGUGACCCCAGCUCCAUAGUCCCUGGCUCUCUCUAUGGGGAUGGGGCUGGAGCCAGUGCACAGAGUCCUGGAUCCAGGGAUGAGGAACAGCAGCACAGACCUGGGAAUACAUGUUGGGGGUUUUCCCAUCCCCUCAGUCCCUAGGAGAUGGGAGUGUCUCCACUUUAGGUUCUAAGAGUCCCCAUGGGCUCUUUGGCACUUGGAAAGUGACCUCCCCCACUUCCUGCCCCAUGAGAAGGGGGUUGGGGGAGCACUUGGCACUGGCUAUGGGACAAGUUAUGGCUCUAUCCUGUCCCUGGGUACUUGAACAGGAGGAGUGUCACCAGGACAGGCCCCUAUUUGGGAUUAGGUUCUGAAGGGCAUCAGGGAGAGUCAGUGUUCACUGGGUGGUGGGUUUGCUAGAAAUUCCUGGUAGGGACAAGGAGGCAGGCCCAGCCUUACAGAAGGCUCUGAGUGGCCAUCACUCUGAGGUCAUGCACUGCAGACGGUGUUUGAAGAAGAGCAGGCGGUGUUUGGCCACUUGACUUUCAUCCAGUGAUCCUGGAUAACGGUACCGGGCAUAAGUCUCUGCCCCAGCAUCCUUUGAUGUCCAAGGCAGCUUCAGCUUGGAUGCAUGAUCCACAAUGACGUCUGAGCAGGAGCCCACCCGAAGGGAACCAAGCCCAUCCAGGAAGAAUUCUGGAGGUGAAAGCACACAGUGAAGGGUCUUGAGGGUGCUGAAGGCCAACCCUUCAGGGAGAACUGAAAUUUGGGGUAUGGAGGGUGCACAGCAAAGACUCCAUUUCUAAGGACCUGGGGUUAGUAAUGAAUCCUUUUGGGUCUUAGUGUUACUCUUGUGGAAAAUGCAGUCAAUAUACUCACCUUGUGCUUUGAAAACGGACUCCACCCCCACCCCCACUUCCCCCCAACACACGCACCCAGGUUCAGUGAUGCUGAAUGGGCUGCUCUGAGUGGGCUGAACCAGAGGCAGUGGCUGGGAGUUGGGUAAAGGUGCCGCUGACAGUGGUGGGGAAGUUCAAGGCGGACCCAGCGUCUGUGGGGGCUGGGAGGGUGGGAGCUCAAGUCUCUUGCCCAGGCGCAGGUCUUGGUAAAUCUCAGAACUGCUCUAGGGGCCUCGAGUGGCAGCGGUGAGCUCCACGUGGAUGGGACAGGUGUAUCCUGGCCCCUGGGGGCCUGGCUGCACGGAGCCUCGCUCCGCGGGGUCCCUGUCAGGCCAGGCUGGGAGGGGGCGCCACUCACCCAAAUGCGCCACGCGGCUGAGGCGUGGGUCGAAGCCGACCUCUCGCACCUUAUCGGUGCGCGCCAGGAAGAAGUUGACCACACCGUCAGUGACUACGCAGCCUGGGAAGCCGACUAACUCAUGGUGGAAGCCGCGCCUUUGCCGGAGGCAGUUCCCGCGGCCUGGUGCGCCGGACUCCACGCUCAGCAGCUGCCGGUCCAGCGAUGUCCUCUCCAGCACGUCCACCAGCCUCUCCAGCCGCGUCCGUGCGGUGAAGAUGAAGUCGUCGUCCACCCACAGCACGUACUUGGUGGUUACUUGGGAUAUGGCCAGGUUUCGGCCUGCAAACCAACCCUGGGAGAAGGUGUAUUGAGCGCCCACUAGAUGCUAAGCACCAUUCUAAGAAUGCAGCGUGAAUAAGGCGGGUAGGAUUCCUGCUGCCACGGAGCUUACAUCCCGGGGACCCUCAACCCUGACAGGCACCAGUGAUUCUGAAGCAGGAAGUUCUGGCAUCACUACUCAAGACUGCAGACUGAAGGUGCGCCCCUCCUGGUGCCCGCUGGCGCACUCUUCAGCCUCAGGUUGCGCACCUUGCCGAAAGGCAUGAGAUAGUGCUCGAUGUGGAGUCCGCUAAUGCUCUCAGGCUUGUCGCUGUCGUCAGCGAUGACCACGGUGACCGUCGGGUAGAAGCGGCGGAUGCUGGCAAUGAGUGCCCGUAGCCGAUUGUAACGAAGGAAGGUCUUAGUGGCGAUGGUGACCAGAGCACUGAGGUUGUACUGGGCUGGGAGUGAGAGGCAGGGUGAGGUGCAGGCAAGGAGAGUAGGGAGUGAGGAGCAGGGCGGCAUCUCCCAGGGCUGCCCUCUCCCAACUUGCUCCCCAGGAGGCCUGGACCACUUCUCUGGGAAAGACAGCCUCACCUCCCUGGGAUAGAGAUCCAGGUGAAUACAGCCGAGGGUUGGGGGGGUGUCUUAUGCGAAUGGUGAAGGCUGCCUCAUGUCCCUCAGUGGAAAACCGGACUGGAAAGGAAGGACAUGAGAUGUGGCCCUUAUGGCUGGGACAACACUGUUUUUCAGUAAAUCGUUAUUUAAGUGUCUACUCUGUGUACUACCUUUCUAGGCCUGAUGGACAGGAAUGCAAGUUUCUUACCCCAUGGAACUUACAUUCUAAUAAGUGGGAGAAAGACAAUAAAAGAUGUAUUAAAAGUUAA